GCGGCCGCCGGCCCUCCCCGACCGCGCAUGCGGCUGUGCCGAGCCGGGGCAGCGCCGCCGCGCUUAGGGGCUGAAGUGUGGGUGUCCCUUUCCCGGCCCCGUCCCCGGCGGGCCUCCGUCAGCGCCCCCGCAGAUGGGCUUAGGCUGGAGCAGCGCGGAGGAGCGGCAGCCCCUCCUGCCACCGCCGCCACAGCAGCAGCAGCCACGGCGGCGGCCGCAGCCGCGGGGUCCAGCGGGGGUACCGGCGGCAGUGCCGGUGCGGCGGCUGGCGCCGCUGGCAGGCCGCGUCUACGGGCGGCGGUGGCUGGUGCUGCUGCUGUUCUCGCUGCUGGGCUUCGCGCAGGGCCUGGUGUGGAACAGCUGGGGCCCUAUCCAGAACUCUGCCCGCCUGGCCUUCGGCUUUAGCGGCUGGGACAUCGCCUUGCUCGUCUUCUGGGGGCCCAUCGGGUUCGCGCCCUGCUUCUUCUUCAUGUGGCUCAUGGACAAGAAGGGUCUGAGGGUAACUGUGUUACUAACAUCAUCCCUCAUGGUAUUGGGAGCUGGCCUGAGAUGUGUUCCAGUUUCAGACCUAGAAAUUAGGAAGAAGCUGAUUCACGGAGGGCAGCUGUUGAAUGGCUUGGCGGGGCCAACUGUGAUGAACGCAGCGCCGUUUCUUUCCACGACGUGGUUUUCUCCGGAUGAACGUGCCACAGCAACCGCCAUUGCAUCACUGCUCAAUUACCUGGGGGCCGCUGGGGCGUUUCUAGUGGGACCUCUUGUGGUGCCAUCUCCUAAUGGAACAUCUCACCUUCCACUGGCAUCGCAGAGCAACGCGGAGCACAUCAAGGACCGCAUUGAGGCUGUGCUGUAUGCAGAAUUUGGAAUGGUUUCCCUGAUAUUUUCCGCCGCGUUGGCUUACUUCCCCUCGCGCCCUCCAUUCCCUCCCAGUGUGGCUGCAGCAAGUCAGCGGCUCAGCUACAGGAGAAGUUUCUGCAGACUCUUAAGCAAUUUCCGAUUCUUGAUGAUUGCUUUAGCGUAUGCUAUACCUCUGGGUGUUUUCUCUGGCUGGUCUGGUGUUCUGGAUUUGAUAUUAACGCCAGUUCACGUAAGCCAAGUAGAUGCAGGCUGGAUUGGAUUUUGGUCUAUAGUUGGAGGCUGUGUUGUUGGCAUAGCAAUGGCAAGAUUUGCAGAUUUUAUCAGGGGGAUGCUGAAGUUUAUACUGCUGCUGCUUUUAUCUGGAGCAACAUUAGCAUCAACCUGGUUCACUCUCACCUGUCUAACUAGUGUCACUCAUCUGCCUCUAACCACAGCUACACUGUACACGUCCUGCAUUUUGUUGGGUAUAUUCCUCAACAGCAGUGUACCAAUAUUCUUUGAGCUCUUCGUGGAGACAGUCUACCCUGUUCCAGAAGGAAUAACCUGUGGAGUUGUCACCUUUUUGAGUAAUGUGUUUAUGGGAGUGCUUUUGUUUUUCCUCACAUUUUACCAUACAGAGUUUUCCUGGUUCAACUGGUGCCUGCCAGGAUCAUGUCUGCUCAGCCUGCUCCUCAUCCUGUGCUUCCGUGAGUCCUACGACAGACUGUAUCUUGAUGUCGUCGUCUCUGUGUGAUAACGCUGGACUGGUGAGGGGUUGGAAGAGACUGGAAGUUAACUUUGCAGUCUGCCCAUCUGCCUGGAUUUGCAUGGUGGAACAGCAGAAAACCAGAGAAAUUACAAGACUUAAUCGUGACUUUAUUACAGAGGGUGAGGGACAGGCUGUUCCUGCAUUCAAGACCACCUUGAUUUGUGAUAAAUGUGGAACUUGAGUGGUGAUAAUGAUGCCAAAAUGCACAAAAGAAUAUAUCUAAUGUGUAGGUCCUGGUGCCAGAGCUGGGGCUCUCUAUUUAAAAGGCUGUUGAUGUAGCAGUGAGGUGUACAGUUUGUGUGUGUGGGUGUGCGUGUGUGUGCACUGAGUCACAGUUACACACAUCAGGGUACCAGUAAUCUUUGGAGUCUUCUAUCAGAACAGAAAUAAAGAAUAAUCUUAACAAAAGGGAAAAGAAAAAGGAUAAAAAGCAAAAAAAAAAAACACCCCAGUUUUCUUUUUAAGAGAUCCCUUUUAAAUCAUUAGUCGUUUAUAUAACGAAUGUUCAUUAAAUAGUUAAGCCAAAAUGAUUUGGUGCUUGUACACUACAUUUACAUUCUAAUAAGGUGAUCUCUGAUAUAAGACACUGGUACCAAGGGUUUUAGCCAUACUAAAUAUCCUGAACAAUCCUUGCAGUUGUUAGAAGUGUUUGUUAUCACCCUUGAGCACAUGUAAAUGAUAGCUUUAGCUGCCACUGAAACCCAGCUUUCACCCGCAGUUGCCUCUGGAAUACCACUGUGGCUGUGUAUCUCCUGAAUAUAAAGCAUCCAUGGUGUCUCAGAAGUUUGCUGGAGAGUCAUUGUUGGUAAACGUUAAGGUUUUAAAGGCCACCACUGUCAUCUUUUUAUCCUGCAUCUCCAGUACUGCCUUUUUUACUGUGAAGACCAGUCUGUGCCACUGAAUACUGUGGAAGUGGAUGUCCAAGACCCAUUAGUUCUCUUCUGAUACUCUUAAGGCAUGUGUGGGUUUUUAGGAUUAGUUUAUGAAUGAGGGUGCCUAAACAAUAUUGUUUGUUAACUCAAGUCUUUAAAAUCACUCUUUGCUAAAAAAAGUCUUUCUAGUUGAUGAGGUGCCCUGAUGGCGGAAUGACAAUGAGAAAUAGCUCAUGAGUUUUGGCAUAAUAUAGGAAAUGUAAUGCCAGCUCUUUUUAUCAGUACUAAUCUGUGGUCGUUCUGGCCCUUACUUGAACAAAAAUAUUAAAGACACUUUAAAUAGUUUUUUAACUCAAUUUUUAAACCUGCUAAUAAUUUCUUAAAUAUAUUCUUAGAUUUCAGUUCAGCAUCAUUUACAGUAUUUCCAUGUGUGUGUUCUGUGCUUUGUGUUAGGGGGUGUGUUUGUGUGUGUGUGUGCGCAUGUGUAUUUAUAUCUAUGUAUGCACAAAUAAAACUUAUAUAUAUAUUUUAUAUAUAAGUUAUAUAAGGGUAUGUGUUUACAUAGGUUUAUUUUAACUAAUCAUGUCUCUGGAUGGUGGUAUGCUGCUGUUUGUAACUAAACUAGUAACUGCCUUGACUGGAAAUGCAUAUAUACACUGUCUGUGACACAACUUUUUUUCAGGGGGUGAAUGAUUUCCUGUCAUAGCCGUUUUAUCACAGGGUGUGUGUGCACGUGUUGGAGGAGGCUGGUGUGCAGGGUUCUGCUUCUGUAGAAGUCUGAAUCAAACACUCUUUGCUCCUGUGUGGGCUCUUCUCUGCCACCCUGGGGUGGCACCAACCCUGGAAGCUCACUCAAAUAAACCCUGAACUGAGCGCUACCUUUCAGACACAGAUCCAUUCAUUCUGUCUGCUCUCCUUUUGCAGGGAGAAUGUGCUACUAAUACCUUUAACUCAGGAGUGUAUCUGUGCAGUACAAUAAAAUGAGCUGUUCCCUCUUUUAUGUUUUCAGAGCAAUGGAUGUAUUUACUGUAGUAACAGAAAAUUGACUUAGCUCGUUGCCCAUACCAGCUGCUAAAUGAUCUUUUCUUUCUUGAAGCAAGCUCUUCGUAGAAAUGGAUCUAAACUGCAUUGGGAUAAGUAAAUCAAUCUAAGCAGCAUGUUCAGAUCCACUGGCAUCAUCCUCUUACUGUUUUUCAGAUGAAUGGUAUUAACAGUCCAGCUUCUUUUUUACUAUGUUUUAGUGCCUGAAAUAGUUUCAGUAUCUAUGCCAAGAGUCUGGAGUUGCAUUGUCAUGGCAGAGCUGGAAGCUUGGAUGGCUCUUUAGAGCUCUGCUGCUGCAAUUCACUGUGGCUAUAUUAAGAUUAAAAUUGCACAGCUCGGGCACUGUCCUGACUGACAGAGGUGUCUAAACCUUUCGCUGUCCUGACUAUUUUAAGAUGGAGGAGCACUUCAGGCAGUAUUCAGACUAUAACCUAUUUUGCCUCUGUUCCAGAAAGCUUUGAACAAUUCAAAAUACUUGUCUGCUGCCAAAUGCAGACUAUAUACAGCCACAGAAGAAGAGUGAACACCUUGUUUCAAACUGCUGACUCUUUCUCAGUGUGAAUUGCUCAAUGCUCUCCUGAAUUUUGAUGCUUUGGUGUAAGUUUCUGUGUGUGGUGGAUUGACCUGGACUGGACACAGCGUGCCCACCAAAGCCACUCUAUCACUCUCCUCCUCAACAGGACAGAGGAAAGAAAUUUCAAUGAAAGCCUCAUGCAUCGAUAUAGGGACAGGGAGAAAUCACUCACCAUUUACUGUCAAAGUAAAAGAGACUCAACUUGAGGAAAUCAAAUCAGAGUAGGAUAAUGAGAAAUGAACCCAAAUCUUAAAACACCUUCCCACUCCUUCCUUCUUCCUGAGCCUAACUUUACUCCCAGUUUUUCUACCUCCUCCCUGUCAGCAGUGCAGGGGCAUGGGGAAUGGGGGUUGUGAUCAGUUCAUCACAUGUUGUUUCUGCUUCUCCUUCCUCCUAAGGGGAUUAUUACUCACACUCUUCUCCUGCUCCAGUGUGGAGUCUCUCCCACAGGAGACAGUCUUCCAUGAACUUCUGCAAUGUGAGUCCUUCCCCCAGGCUGCAGUUCUUCACGAACUGCUCCAGCAUAGGUCAUUUCCAUGGGGUGCAGUCCUUCAAGGACAGACUGCUCCAGUGUGGGUCCCCUGCAAGUCACAAGUCCUGCAGCAAACCUGCCCCCGUGUGGACUCCUAUCUCCAUGGGGCCACAGGUCCUACCAGGAGCCUGCUCCAGCAUUGGCUUCCCUUAGGGUCACAGCCUCCUUGAUCACAGUGUGUCUUGGAUCCAUCUGGCAUUGGCUCUGUUGGACAAGGGGGAAGCUCCUGGCAGCUGCUCACAGAAGCCACCCCUAAGCUCCCCCACUACCAGAACUUUGCCACACAAAACCAAUAUACUGUAUUGGGCACUGUAGUGUGUGGUUCUAGUUACGCUCCUCCAUGUGUCUGCACCAAAAUGGAGAUGUUACCCAGAACUGGGCAGUGCAGCAGGUCUCUGCUGGAGACCUGCUCUUAGUUUACAGUCAGGGCUCAACCAGAGUUUGCAAUGAGUCGGAGGGAAACCCAAAGGAUUGCUCCCAAUUAGUUGAAGUUGUGAGGGCACUACUGCAUUCCAUACACAGUGCUCAGGCUUAAGGAUUUUAUUAGAUUAACAAGUCUGGCUCAGGGCAGAGGUGAGGAUUGCAAAUGUGCUUAUUGAGAUCUCUGAAAAAUACUUUAUUCCCAUCUGUGCCCAGCAGCAGCGUCCUUCUGUGAAGGAGCAGUCUAUUCCAUGUCACUAACUCAACCCAUGGGAGUAUUUUUUGGAUAAGGGCUACCACUAGGUCUCCCCUUGUUUGGAUUUACCAAGGGUCCAAGCUGUGAGGAUAACUACACUUUACUGGAAGUCAGCUUGACACUGCAUGGAGAGCACUAAGCAGUGCUGACACAAUUGGCAGUAGUGCAGAAUAGGUGCAGAACAGUAUUUCUCAUUAAUUAGUGAAAGUUCUAAGUCUCUCUAACUUCUGAGUCAGUAACCACAGGGGGUUUUAUCUAAAUGAGGUAUUACCUUGCAGUGCUGCAGAGUAGCUGACACUGGCUGCUGCUUGUGCUGUGACUGCCAGCAGAGCAAGGUGCCCUGGGCAGUCACAAUAUUUGUUUCUCUUCAUGGCCUGUAAGUUCACAGCCCUGAAGAACACUUUUUUCCAGCACAGCAGAGCCCCCUAACAUCUAAGGAGUUGUGCUAUGCUUUAUGUUGAUAAUGCUAGGAAGGAUGCUCUGUAGUGACUGCUCUCUCUUAAUGGUUCUUCAUUUUCUGUAUGGGCUGCUCUUCAGGUUUCUGCUUGUCUCGGUAACAACUCUUAGUUCAGCUUCCAAUGCUGCUGGGUUUUCUUCUUGUGAGCUGUGGAGCUGUGCAAGCUUUCAUGCUGCUAAUGAGGAAGCUCAGGGUUAGUAGAUGUAGGCUCCACUUAGAGCACUGUUUACUGUCUGGUCCCUGCUGUUACCCAUUAAUUUCCUUUUGAUUCCUUCACCCUCCUGCAGGGCCACCUGCUCCCCUGAGCUGGAGGAAUGGAGAAGAGCUGCUGCACUCCCAGUUCAGCUUUAGAGGAUGGAUUGGCCAAUUGUGUACUUAAUAUACAUAAAGACAGUGAUUUUUAGAGAAUCGUGCAAGCUGGAAAAAGUGCAGACCCAGAGGAUUUUGCACGUAUGUGAACAGAUAGUCUGUUAUGAGCAGACUAUAGUUUUCCUGAAGCUUAUAAUUUUAGCUCCCACACCUAGAGAGACCAAGCUGACAGGCACCGUGCAUGUUAGGUACUCAGGUUCACAGGAUCAUGGAGUUAUUCCCAGCUAUCUGACAAAGCUGAAGUGGGUGGGAAUGGGACAACUUUAAUUUUGGAGUAGGCUGGAAAACCCCAGGGUGUCCUUUGAUGCUAUGGCAGCAGGGUUCUAAUUGUUCAUCUUCAUUUCUACCAUUGGGUCACUUGCAAAUAUGAAUGAGUAUCCAUGACAAAAGCACUUUUAUAUUUCGUUAGUUUGGGGGGUGUCUUUUAGAUGAAGUAUGUGUCAUUGUCAUAAUUUAGCAAGACAACUGCUCCAGUGGUAUGAAAGCAUACAUGAAUAUUGGGCGUUGAUUUGGUAUUUAAUGUUGGCCUGUCCAUUCUCAGUGCCGUUGAAGCACCAGGCUUGAGGAGCAGGGAUGUGGUGAGUGUGAGGAGGCAGCAGUGCUUAUGGAUGCACAGUCGUGCAAGGUAGAUGCUGACCCUCCCAAAACAAACAAGAACUUCAUCAUCUUCUGUGGGUCCCCUCAGUGGGUCUGGGAGGAGGAGAAGAGGAGCUUGUGUAGAGGAAAAGCUGCCUUGGGGCUGCUGCCUCCCUCCCAACAGAGGGAGAGCCUCCAGGCUUACAUGUGAGAGAUUAUCACUGUCAACACAGGCUUCAGUCAUUUCCCUGCAGCCAUUCUGCUGCAAGGCAGGUUGUAGGUGGCAGAGGAAGCCUUGCUUCCUCCAGGAGUGCAAUUUUAGGCAGCAGAGGAGCCUUGCCACAGAAAAUGAUAUUAAUCUGCUUAUAUUUUUUGCAGUUUGUGUUUCAAGACAGGUGAAACUAAUAAAUAGAGGAAGAAAUGUAAUUGUCCAAGGUUUUGACAAGCAAAAGCAAGUGUUUGUGCAAUUGUGCUGGCUCAUGCCUUUUACUUGGGAUCACAGAGUGUUGGGAGCAAUUCAUGCCCUCAUGGAGUGUGGGCCCACUCCUGCAGCCCUGUCAUUCAUCCUGCUGCUGCUCAGCUGCAGCAGUGCUGUGGGAAGCUUUGUGCCUGGACUGGGGUGGGCAGCUAUUGGGGCAGAGGGGGAGAAGGUAAGCACUGCAUCCAGGAUGCCCAGCAGUGUGACACUGGUAGGUUACUUGUGCAGGAGGGAUGUCUUCUGCAACCUCAUUUUAGCAGAGUCUCAUUUUCUAGCUCCUCAAGGAUGAGGUUCUGACCUUCAUUUUGUGUUUGUGACAUGAUUUGUGCUGCAGGAACAGCUGGGGCACAUGGCUCAGAGGCACCAGUUUUCCAAGGUGUGGCAGAGAAGGCAGGUGGGACUUGCUGUCUGCAAUAACAGCUUUUCCUUUUUCACGGUCUCUCUCCUCACUGGCUUCCCCCAUGUGAUUUCUCUGCUUUUAUAUCUUGUCAGACUCGUUGCACUCACUUUGUGUUAUUACAUGAGGAAAAUACCAUGAGCAAAACCUUUCUUUCUUUAGGGGGAGCUUGUCACUUUGGCUCAGGCCACUUCUCUGACCUUAGCCCAUCGGUUUGUAGAAGCCAAAACUACCCCAACCCCAUGUUUUCCUUUGCAGAGGGUAUGUGCAGGUUUGUGUGGUGCUGGAAUAGGUAGUGAGAGCCCAGGUGAUGUGCUUGCUCAGUCGCAGAAUGACUCAGAGGCUUGGAGAAGAGAUGCUUGUGCGUAGGGUGCCUUGCUCUCCCCACCUGUAAAAGGGGAGAGGAUGCCCCAUGUGUCUCCUCAGGCAGGGGAGGUCAGGGCUGGGAAGUGCUGUGGGAUGCUGUGAGGGAUGGAAGCUGGAGCAGGGGGUGGGAAAUGCCCUGUUUAAUGGGCUGUGUGUCCUCACCCUUUGGGCCUUAUGUGUGGAGUGCAGACCCUGGUUUUCUCUGCCUGGCCAGCAUAAUCUAUAAGGCAUAGACAGUAUGUACUGUGAGGGUAAAAGCCUCCUCUGGCGGACAGGUUACAUUAACAAACUAGUGGGAAAUGGUAAUGCUUAGGGAAGGGAUGCUCAGAGAAACAGCCUGCCGGGGGCAGUCAGGGGGUAAGAUGCCUUCAGGCUGGAAGCAUCUCUGGAUGUCCUGGAUGUGCAAAGCCACAAUGCAAAAUCAGAGCUGGCUGCCUUGCUCCAGCGCCUGCCAUGCCCCGACCUUUCUGCUGCCCCCCAGCACCUGGGCUGAGUGAGUACAAGGCAUCCCCGUGGGCAGCUGGCCACUGGCUGCUGCUCCCCCCAGGCACAACAAUGUGUUUGCCAGGUACAUUUGUUUUCUCUGCCUGUGAUAUUUGCUAGAUUAAAAUCUAUUUUUCCCCAACCAAGUUUAAUGUUUUCUGCUGUGCAUUUGAGAAAAAGUACUUGAUAAGGUGGAAAAAACCCAACUUUUAAUUAAGUGAUGCUCCUAGCGGGGUUUUCUGAGCUCUGUGAACACGUGGAGAAGGAAGAGGGUUUUACAUGGUGGAGAGCAUCUUUGUAAACUAUCCUCGACCUGUAAGACUGUUAAAUUUUACUGGAGUUUGUAUGCAUUUUACUUUUGUAAUUUUUUAAAUGAUUUGAUAGAAUUUUAUUUUAGGGCAAAUUCUACUUUUUGUAUGCAAUAUUCUGAUGUGAUGUAUUUUUAUGUUUGAGGAAAUGAUGUUGAAACCACUAUAUACUUGUCAUGUAACACAUCCAUUGUGUCAUUUCUUUUUCGAACUGGAAUCUGACCAUGAAGUGCGUGUUACUUUACGUACUGGUUGUUGCACAUUAAAGAGGUUACUCAGA